AUGUCCGACUCCCCCAACAUCCAGUCCCAAAAGCUAUCCUACAAGUUUCCGGAUGGGUCUUCUGGUCUCACAGAUGUAAAUUUGGAGCUACCAGCAGGGAGUCGGACAUUGCUCAUUGGCGCCAACGGAGCCGGCAAAACCACCCUCCUCCGUUUACUCUCGGGAAAGCGUCUUGCGCCUAGCAACACAAUCUCCAUUGCAGGCAAGGACCCUUUCAAGGAAGGCCUUGAAGGUGUCACCUACCUCGGUGUCGAAUGGGUACUCAACAGCAUCGUCCGGACCGACAUUGAUGUGCCAACACUCCUCGCUUCCGUCGGCGGCAAUGCGUACCCUGAACGACGCGACGAGCUCGUCAAAAUCCUCGAUAUUGAUCUUCGAUGGCGCAUGCAUGCCGUGUCGGAUGGAGAGCGCCGCCGCGUCCAGCUAGCCAUGGGUCUUCUCCGCCCUUGGCAGGUUCUUCUUCUCGAUGAGAUCACUGUUGAUCUCGAUCUACUGUCACGGAGCAACUUUCUCUCCUUCUUGAAGCGCGAAACAGAGACUCGUCCUUGCACAAUCGUCUAUGCAACACAUAUUUUGGACAAUUUGGCGCAUUGGCCGACUCAUUUGGUACAUAUGCACCUGGGCAAUGUGAGGCAGUGGGGUCCUAUUGAAAAGUUCAAGAACGAAGCUCCCGAAACAUCAGAGAACAGCCAGCUGGGAGAGAUUGUGCUCAAGUGGCUCAAGGAGGACUUGCAAGCUAGAGGCCCGCGAAAUGCUACCGAAGCCAAGACCUACGAGUCUGGAGGUUUGGGUGGUUACGGCUAUGAAAAGUAUGAUAAAGAGAGAGCCUAA